AUGGGAUCUACCGGAAAAGCAUACAUUGUGACCGGGGGCAGCUCAGGUAUCGGCCUCGCUGUCGCCCAGGCCCUCCUUGCCCGAGACGCCGUCGUCCAUAUCAUCGACAUAACUACCUCGACCCCCAAAGCCCUCAUCGAAGCGGAGCAAAGCGGCCGCGCCUACAUUCACCGCGGAGUGGACGUGAGCUCCCGCGCACAGAUGACCGAGGCCUUCAAGGCCAUCUUUGAACACUCGCCGGACGUCCACGGACUCGUGAACAGCGCUGGUAUCGCCCCGGACAACCUCGAUGGAUCGGGUCUCCCGGAAUCGGACGAGUCGUUCCGGCGCGUGCUCGACGUCAACGUCUAUGGGACCUGGAUCGCUGGGACUGCGUAUCUGAACGCCGUUCUGGACCGAAACCCGGAGCUCAAGGGCGACGUUGACGGGCGGCCGAUAAAGGAAGGCAUCGCCAGCAUUGUGAAUCUGGCGUCUGAAUCGGUCAUCCGCACAGAUCCGGGCAUGGCCUCCUACAACACGAGUAAACAUGCCGUGGUCGGCUUGACGAGAUCGUGGGCGAAGGACUUUGUCCGGCGCGGGGUGCGCGUUAACUGUGUUGCUCCGGGCAUGACGGACACCCCCAUGAUCCGAAACGACAGUAUCCCGCCGGAAAUGGUGGAUGAGUUCAUCAACGCUGUGCCGCUGAAGCGGCCUGCGAGACCGGAGGAAGUUGCCGAGCUCAUAGUUUUCUUACUGGGGGAGGGAUCCUCUUAUAUGACUGGGCAGAUGAUUCCAAUUGAGGGCGGCAUCACAAUAUAG